GGCGCGCGCACCAGGAAGCGGGAGAGCGCGUGUGCCUGCGCCCGCAGUCGUCUUCCUGAGUCCGGGUCAUAACAUGCUCGCGCUCCGAAGCGGCCUGAGGACCGCGCUGGCCCCGCGGGCUCUGGCUCCUCAGGUAUGUUCGCCUUUUGCUACGGGCCCCAGGCAAAGCGAUGGGACAUUAUAUGAAUUCCGCACCUAUUUUCUCAAGCCCUCAAAGACAAAUGAGUUCCUGGAAAAUUUUAAGAAAAGUGUUCACCUUCGGACAGCUCACUCUGAAAUGAUUGGAUACUGGACUGUAGAAUUUGGAGGCAGAACGAACAGAGUAUUCCAUAUUUGGAAGUAUGAUAAUUUUGCUCAUCGAACUGCAGUCCGCAAAGCCUUGGCCGAGGAUAAGGAAUGGCAGGAACGAUUCCUCAUUCCAAAUUUACCUUUCAUUGAUAAACAAGAAGUUGAGAUUACCUACUUGGUACCAUGGUGCAAAAUAGGAACACCUCCUAAGGAAGGAGUCUAUGAACUGGCUACCUUUCAGAUGAAGCCUGGCGGCCCAGCUCUGUGGGGUAAUGCAUUCAAAAGGGCAGUCAAUGCCCAUGUUGAGCUUGGCUACUCUACCCUAGUUGGUGUUUUCCACACAGAAUAUGGAGCCCUCAACAGAGUCCAUGUUCUGUGGUGGACCGAGAGUGCAGACAGCCGAGCAGCAGGGAGACACUGGUCUCAUGAGGACCCUAGAGUGGUGGCUGCUGUUCGGGAAAGUGUCAGUUACCUAGAGUCCCAGCAGAAUAUGUUCCUGGUUCCAACAUCGUUUUCACCAUUGAAGUAGCUUCCUGCCUAUCAUCCAGCAUCCAUCACAGAGGGAGAGGUGUCUACAGGUGUACUUCAUCAUCCAGCAUCCAUCACAGAGGGAGAGGUGUCUACUUCAUCUCUUCCAGAGCGCCGCCGUCUGUUGUCUGAAGGAAGUACUGAGCUACUUCCUCUGCCCUCUGCGUUUUUAAGGCUGUGUGUGUCGUUUACUGUUCAGGAAAUAUUUCUGUUCAUUUUCAUAUCCACAGGAUGUCAGAAAGCAUGGGCCCUGGUACUUCAUUGUUUCACAAUAUCUUGUAUUCUGUGAUUUUUAUGACUUGAGUCUUAUAUUCAAAAAAUGACUUUGAAUUUUUUCCCUCAAAAUAUUUGUAAAGUAAAUAAGUACAAUAUCUGCCUUUUUAUCGUGUUCAUUUUUCCUGAAAUUUAAAACUAUUUUUUACCAGUAAUCCUUUCUUUGAUAUCAAAUGGGAUUGAUAAAAAUGUUAAAUCUAAUAUUUGUCUUUAUGCUUUAGGAAAGUAUAAUACCAUGUCAUCUGUACUAUUACAGUUUCACAUUCAUUAUUAAGUCAAAAUUGGAAAAUAAUAUAUUCUUGAGAAUUGAUGUAUAACAUGGUUUUAGUGUAUUUGUUUUUAAUUGCUUUUUACUACUUUUAACUUUACCUUGAAUUACUCAUAAACUUAUUUCAAUGAAAUCUUUAUAAUUAUAGAAAUUUCUUUCCCAAUAAAAGCCUUCACAUCCAUUCUGA